UUUCCCUUUUUCUUCCUUUUUUUUCUUAUUUCGAAAUUUUUAGUUUCAAUAAAAUCCCUCAAAUUUCUCACCAAAGAAAGAAAUGAUUGAAACUAAAUUGAGAGCUCAAAGAUCGAACGAUUCGUCGUCUUCCAUGAAGAAAUCGUCGUCAAGAAAUUCCGAUUCCUCGGUUCACAGUCAUAUGGAGUCUCCUCAUUCACCGCUGCGUUUUCAUUCUCCGCUUCGAUCCGACGCUGGUGACCCUAUGGAAACCCCUCCUUACGCCUCUCCCGAUACUUCACCUGAGAAGCUGCCGGAUAACUCUAAGGCGAUUGUUGUUGUUGAUGUUGUUGAUAAGAGUACUCAGUUUUCUCCUCUUCCGUCUCCUUAUGCUGCUUCUCGGAAGCCUUUGGAGAAUGUGAACUUUGUUGGUGAUAGGUCGACUUCUUCUAAGAUUAUGUUUAAUCGUGCAAUGAAAGAGGAAGUGCCGCAGUCUGUUACUAAAGUAGGGCCGGUUGGUGUUGGAGGUGAGGAGAAUGGUGGUGGUGGUGGUGGUGGAGGUGGUGCUGGUGCUGGUGGAGGUGGAGGUGGAAGAUCGCCGGUGAAGCAAAUGGCGCCGAUGUCGAGGAGGUCGAAGGAUGAUGCGUUGGUGAAGGCGGCUUUAGGUUUUAGAGUGUGUGAAGUGGCAGUUUGUUUGAUUUCUUUUUCGGUUAUGGCGUCUGAUAAAACGCAGGGUUGGAGUGGCGAUUCAUUUGAUCGGUACAAGGAAUACAGGUACUGCCUUACUGUGAAUAUAAUUGCAUUCGUGUAUGCCGCAUUUCAAGCAUUUGACCUUGUCUUUACUCUAAUCAAGAAGAACCAUAUGAUACGCCAUCAAUUUCGUUGUUAUUUUGACUUCUUCAUGGAUCAGGUAUUGGCAUAUCUUCUCAUAUCAUCAUCUUCCUCGGCUGCCACACGUGUUGACGACUGGCAAUCGAAUUGGGGAAAAGACGAGUUCACGCAGCUAGCGAGCGCAUCGGUCAGCAUGUCCUUCCUUGCCUUUGUUGCAUUUGCUGUUAGUUCACUUAUCUCUGGUUACAACCUUUGCACCCGCGAUCCUGCAUGAUAUUAAAAUCUCAAGCAUGUUCGUUUUUUUUUUUCAAAAAAGAGAAAAAUUUCAUAUUGAUUGUCAAUCCAAAAUUAAUUUUUUUUUUCUCUCUUUUAUGUUGUACAAAGAUAAGAUAUCAUAGCUAGAUUUGACCUUACAAUAAAGAGGAUACCAAAUUGUAUAAUUAUUGGAUUGUUUUUAUUGCAUAUUUUUAAUAUAUAAUAUAUAAAAUUAAGCUUCUUUUGCUCUA